UCGACCUCACCUCUCUGAAGCAUGGCAGGCCUACAGCUUGUCACCCCUGCCACUUCACCCAUGGGGCCUUUCUUUGGUCUGCCAUGGCAGCAGGAGGCUAUCCAUGAUAACAUCUACACACCUAGGAAAUAUCAGGUAGAACUUCUUGAAGCAGCUCUUGAACACAAUACUAUCGUCUGCUUGAAUACCGGCUCAGGGAAGACCUUUAUUGCAGUACUUCUAACGAAAGAGCUCUCCCACCAAAUCCGUGGACGCUACCAAGAAAAUGCAAAGAGGACCGUUUUCCUUGUAAACACAGCAUCAUCUGUAGUUCAGCAAGCAGCUGCAGUCAGGACUCACUCUGACCUCCGGGUGGGAGAGUACACAGAUUUGGAAAGGACCUUAGCGUGGACUGACCAACACUGGAAUCAAGAGAUAGUAGAGAAUCAGGUGCUGGUCAUGACUUGCCACAUAUUCCUGCAUGUUCUGAUGAACAAAGUUUUACCGUUGUCUAAGAUUAACUUGGUAGUGUUUGAUGAUUGUCACCUGGCCAUCACAGACCACCCCUACUGUGAGAUAAUGAAGCUGUUUGAGGAAUGCUCGUGCAGUCCUCGUGUCCUGGGUCUCACCGCUUCCAUUCUGAAUGGAAAGUGCGACCCGUCGGAGCUGGAGCUGAAGAUCCAGACUCUAGAGAGAAUCCUGAAGAGCAACGCUGAGACUGCCACUGACCUCGUGGUCUUGGACAGGUAUGCCUCUCAGCCCAGAGAGGUGGUGUUGGACUGUGGCCCCUAUGUGGACAAGAGUGGGCUCUCCUCCUGUCUGCAGGCAGAGCUGGACGAUGCUCUCCACUUCCUGAAUGACUGUAACAUGUCUGCUGCCAGAGAGGAUCGUGAUCCCACAUUCAUCUCAAAGCAGGUCCUGAGCGACUGCCGAGCUGUGCUCCAGGUGCUGGGGCCUUGGUGUGCAGAUAAGGCAGCAGGCAUCAUGGUGCGCGAGCUGCAGAAGUACAUCAAGCAUGAGCCAGAGGAGCUCAACCGCAAGUUCCUGCUCUUCACGGACACCAUCCUGCGCAAAGUGCACGCCCUCUGCGAGGAGCACUUCUCCCCCGCCUCGCUGGACCUCAAGUUUGUCACGCCAAAGGUCCUCCGGCUGCUCGAGAUCCUGCACGAAUACAAGCCAUUUGAGCGGCAGCAGUUUGAGAGCGUCGAGUGGUACAACAAUCGCAACCAGGACAACUACGUGUCCUGGAGUGACUCGGAGGAUGAUGAUGAGGACGAGGAGGUGGAGGCUAAAGAGAGGCCUGAAGCCAACUUCCCCUCACCGUUCACCAACAUCCUGUGUGGGAUCAUCUUUGUGGAGAGGCGUUACACAGCCGUUGUCCUGAACCGUCUCAUCAAGGAGGCGGGGAAGCAGGACCCGGAGCUGGCUUACAUCAGCAGCAACUUCAUCACCGGCCACAGCAUCGGAAAGAACCAGCUCCGGAACAAGCAGAUGGAGGUGGAGUUCAGGAAACAAGAGGAGGUUCUCCGCAAGUUCCGGGCUCACGAAACCAACCUGCUGAUCGCCACCAGCAUAGUGGAGGAAGGUGUUGAUAUUCCAAAGUGUAACCUGGUGGUGCGGUUCGACCUGCCCACGGAGUACAGGUCCUACGUCCAGUCCAAAGGCAGAGCCAGGGCACCCGUCUCCAACUACAUCAUGCUGGCUGACACUGAGAGGACCAAAGCCUUCGAGGAGGAUCUUACGACCUACAAGGCAAUAGAGAAGAUCUUGAGGAAUAAGUGCUCCAAGUCAGCAGAAGUGAGUGAGUUUGAGGUGGAACAGGUGCUGGAUGAUGACAACAUCCUCCCACCGUACGUCCUCCGGUCUGAGGACGGAGGUCCGCGGGUCACCAUCAACACGGCGAUCGGACACAUUAACAGGUAUUGUGCUCGGCUGCCCAGCGACCCAUUCACGCACCUGGCACCCAAAUGUAAAACUGCAGAGACGGGGAAUGGACGCUUCCAGUCGACGCUCUACUUACCCAUAAACUCCCCUCUCCGAGUUCCUGUUAAGGGUCCGAUAAUGAACUGUGGACGACUGGCAGAGAAAGCAGUUGCACUAGUAUGCUGUGAGAAACUCCACAAAAUAGGCGAGCUGGACGAUCACCUGAUGCCUGUGGGAAAGGAGACAGUGAAGUAUGAAGAGGAGCUGGACCUUCACGAUGAGGAGGAGACCAGCGUCCCAGGACGGCCUGGCUCCACCAAGAGGAGGCAGUGCUACCCUAAAGCCAUACCAGAGUGUCUACGGGACAGUUACGCUGCCCUGGAGCAGACCUACUACCUGUACGUGAUUGGGAUGGUCCUCACCACCCCUCUCCCUGAUGAGCUCAACUUCCGCAGGAGGAAGCUUUACCCGCCAGAAGACACCACCAGAUGCUUCGGCAUCCUGACUGCCAAACCCAUACCUCGAAUCCCACAUUUCCCGGUAUACACUCGCUCGGGUGAGGUGACCAUCUCUAUUGAACUGCAGAAGUCUGGCUUCACGCUCACCUCUGCCCAGCUCGACCUCAUCACCCGCCUGCACCAGUACAUCUUCUCCCACAUCCUCCGUCUGGAGAAACCUGCACUGGAGUUCAAGCCCACGCUGGCUGACUCGGCUUACUGUGUUCUACCUCUGAAUGUUGUUGGAGACUCCAACACACUAGACAUGGAUUUCAAGUUCAUGGAGGACAUUGAGAAAUCUGAGGCCCGCACUGGCAUUCCUACCACUCAGUACACCAAGCAGAACCCGUUCACCUUCAAGUUGGAGGACUACCAGGAUGCUGUCAUCAUUCCAAGGUACCGUAACUUCGACCAGCCUCAUCGCUUCUACGUCGCCGAUGUGUACACAGACUUGACGCCACUGAGCAAGUUUCCUUCGCCAGAGUAUGAGACGUUCGCUGAGUAUUACAAAACUAAGUACAACCUAGACCUGUCCAACCUGAACCAGCCGCUCCUGGAUGUGGACCACACCUCCUCCAGACUCAACCUGUUGACCCCUCGGCACCUGAACCAGAAGGGCAAAGCGCUGCCGCUCAGCAGUGCAGAGAAGAGGAAGGCCAAGUGGGAGAGUCUUCAGAACAAACAGAUCCUGGUUCCAGAGCUGUGUGCCAUCCACCCCAUUCCUGCCUCUCUGUGGAGGAAAGCCGUGUGUCUGCCCAGCAUCCUCUACCGUCUCCACUGCCUGCUGACCGCAGAGGAGCUCCGAGCCCAGACAGCCAGUGAAGCCGGAGUGGGAGCCCAGACGCUCCCACCGGACUUCAGAUAUCCAAACCUGGACUUUGGCUGGAAGAGAUCUAUUGACAGCAAAACAUUCAUCUCCUGUCCUGAGUCCUGCAGUGAGGAAGGAGACGAGCACUGCCAGCACCAAGACACAGGAAGCCCUGAUCCUAGUCCCCUAACGAAGCCCUGUAGUGACCACUCCUGCUUGCCUCAGCAGGGCCCAUUCACAGCCCUUGAUCUCGGAGAUGCCUCCUGCACCAGGAACCUAACUAAUGGCACUGCCCAAGUCGCUGACUGUGACGAUGACGGCCACCAAGACGAGCACCUUCACCAACAUGACAAUUGCCAACGCUACCAGCCCAGCCCCCCUGGGCUGCUGAGCCCUGAAUCAAUGCAAACCACUACCUCAGUUCCUGUGCAGCCCCCUCACAGCUUCAAGAAGCCCAGCUCUACUUCUCCACAGCCUAGUGAUGAAUGUACACCAGGGAGGACUUCAGACCACACAAAUAAAGCUACCUCAGUCUGCGACCAAGCAGCCACGGGUCCCGGCACUCCUGCACCAUCUUCUCCUGACCUUGCUGCGGACCCCCAGCACAGAUCCCAAGCAGGAGACUCCCGCAAGAGCCUGGGGCCCAACCCGGGCCUCAUCCUGCAGGCGUUGACCCUAUCGAACGCCAGUGAUGGAUUCAACCUGGAGCGGCUGGAGAUGCUCGGCGACUCCUUCCUGAAACAUGCCAUUACCACGUACCUGUUCUGUACCUACCCUGAUGCUCACGAAGGACGCCUCAGCUACAUGCGCAGCAAGAAGGUGAGCAACUGCAACCUGUACCGUCUGGGGAAGAAGAAGGGGCUUCCUAGCAGGAUGGUGGUGUCCAUCUUCGACCCUCCUGUCAACUGGCUGCCUCCUGGAUACGUGGUCAACCAGGACAAGAGCAGCAGCGACAAACUGGAUUCAGAGGCGGCCAAAGAGGACCUUCUGACCAAUGGGCGAUCUGGGAACGACUACGAUGAGGACGAUGAUGGCGAGGACGUGGAUGAAGACGGUGAGCUGAUGCUGAAGGAUGAGCCAAAGGAUGAGGUCAACAUGGAGGACGAUCUGGAGUACUACAAGGAGCACAUCAGAUUCAUUGACAACAUGUUGCUGGGAUCAGGUGCGUUCGGUAAGAAGAUCUCUCUGAGCAGCUUCCCCCCCUCGCUGGGCCCGGCCUCGGCCUCCUCCCCGGCCAUGGAGUCUCCGUAUGAGUGGAAAGCCCCCAAGAAGCCCCUCCACCCCACCACAGCACACUACCCCUCGGAGCAGGUGUCCAGCGGGCCCUCGGUGGAGGAGUUUGACUACAGCUCCUGGGACGCCAUGUGCUACCUGGACCCCAGCAAGGCCGGAGAGGAGGACGACUUUGUGGUGGGCUUUUGGAAUCCAUCGGAGGAGAACUGCGGCACCGAGCUCGGCAAGCAGUCCAUCUCCUACGACCUGCACACGGAGCAGUGCAUCGCAGACAAGAGCAUCGCUGACUGUGUGGAGGCUCUGCUGGGCUGUUACCUGACCAGCUGUGGAGAGAGAGCCGCCCAGAUGUUCCUGUGCUCACUGGGCCUCAAGGUGCUGCCGUUGGAGAGGGAGACCCUGAGCGGGGCUGUGGUGCAGAGCUGCCAGACCACAGCCAUCGACUUGUGCUACGGCUGGCUGAAGAUCCCACCGCGCUGCAUGCUGGACCAUCCGGAUGCAGAACGGACUCUCAACCACCUCAUCUCCGGCUUUGAGAACUUUGAAAAGAAGAUCAACUAUACCUUUCAGAACAAGGCUUACCUCCUCCAAGCCUUCACCCAUGCCUCUUACCAUUACAACACCAUCACAGAUUGUUACCAGCGGCUGGAGUUUCUCGGCGAUGCAAUCCUAGACUACCUCAUAACGAAGCACCUUUAUGAAGACCCACGGCAGCACUCUCCCGGGGUGCUGACUGAUCUGCGCUCAGCCCUCGUCAACAACACCAUCUUUGCCUCUCUGGCGGUUAAGUACGACUACCACAAGUACUUCAAGGCGAUCUCGCCCGAGCUUUUCCACGUCAUCGAUGACUUUGUGCAGUUUCAGCUGGAGAAGAAUGAGAUGCAAGGCAUGGACUCAGAGCUGCGGCGCUCUGAAGAAGAUGAGGAGAAGGAAGAGGACAUCGAAGUCCCUAAAGCCAUGGGGGACAUCUUUGAGUCGCUAGCUGGAGCAAUUUACAUGGACAGCAGAAUGUCUCUGGAGACGGUGUGGCAGGUGUAUUAUCCGAUGAUGAGGCCGCUCAUAGAAAAGUUCUCUGCCAAUGUGCCACGCUCUCCUGUGAGGGAGCUGCUCGAGAUGGAACCAGAAACUGCCAAGUUCAGCCCUGCAGAGAGAACGUACGACGGGAAGGUCCGGGUGACGGUGGAGGUCGUCGGGAAGGGCAAGUUUAAAGGAGUCGGUCGCAGCUACCGGAUCGCCAAGUCAGCGGCAGCGCGAAGAGCUCUGCGCAGCCUCAAAGCCAAUCAACCUCAGGUCCAAAACAACUGAGCUCCCUGUCUGAGCUCUCAGCAUUAGCACCUAAGCUAUUGACGCUAAUGGAAACAAAAGCAACGUCAGCUUCCCAAAACAGCGUGAUGCUAGCCCUGUACGUUCAGCCUGACGGCACAACCAAGGCAGCCAGGGAACACUGUGGAGACACGAGACGAGAAGCAGGCUGAUCUCACAACAGAUUUCACGUUGGAUCCUUUACCUUCUUUCUUUUUUUUGCGCAAACACAAUCUUUACUUUCCUUCUUUGCUAUGUGUAAUCACAUGAGUGCUUUAUUAACGUUUAGCAAACUGUUAAAAAACAAAAAAAGAAGUCAGGUCGCAGUGUCAAUUCCUCACCGUUUAUUUUGUUUGUUUGGUUUAACUUCUGUCAGUGAGAUGAGACUUAAGCUUAUCGUGUAGUAUUAGGUUGUACAUAGUUCAAUCAGAGGUGUAAAUCAAAGUAUGUAGGAAGAAAAAAGCUAAACUCCUCAGCCUGUGCACUAGUGCCAGUCAGUUUUAAAGCGUUUUUUAAAACGGCAGACGUGGCGAGCAGAUACCACUGGAGCAAACCCUGGUGGCACUUCUGUCUGAAACCUGUCUUGAUAUGGUAUUCUUGAUCAUUUUUGCACUUAUUCCAUUAGGGUCUGUUAUUUUGAAAAUUGUGUGGUCACACCAAAAUCAUAUACGUAGCAAAGUAUAUAAAUAUAUAUAAAAUAUAAAAUACAUAAAUGAUAUUCUUGGUCUUAGAUGCUAAGGCUAACCCUCAUAUCCUGCAGAACAGAUAGGAAUUUCAACAUUCCCAGUUACUGUAAUUUAAACUAGUUUUUGAUCGCACUUGAGGUUGCAUGUUCUUGUAGCUUAUGUAUAAACCAUGACAACUGGAUGGCUUCUAUAAAUGUUCUAAAUCAUCUAUGGAUAUAUCUAGAGUGUGUGAGAGCGAGAUCAGAUGUUUAUGGCAUUAUCUUGGUGAUUUGGUUUCACAUGUUUUGAUACUAAGAAUGGAUAGAGCUGAAUUAGUCCUUCUUGCGCACUAAAUGUCUUUCCACAGAGCGAAUCAUCCAGUUUUGAUAUAAGAAAAGAAAGACAUAUCACACGUUCAAUAUGCUGCAGACUUUUCUACAAAUUGGAUACUCGUGUAGGACAGAAUCUUUUCAAGUAGUCUUUGUGAAAAAGGCCAUUAUUUCAUUUCAACACACUAGUGUUCCUCACAUCCCGUACCUACCAAAGCUAAGCCGAUGUGACACUAUGAGGUUGAAGACGAUUCCUAGGGAGACGGAUACCAGCCUUUAUCGUGCUGUUUGUUCUGACACAUUUUGCUUCUUGCUAAAUGUCUUUUUUUUUCUCAUCAGUAAGCCCUUUUUUCACUUGAAUACCUCAGUUAAUUGCAUGCAUUUUCUUGUCUUUUUUUUUUUUUUCUUUUUUGUUUGGUGCUAUGUUUUUGUAUUAAGCUUGAAUUUCUCAUCUUUUUUGCACUGUAACUAUAAUACCUCUUUAUUUGACCUUUUUUUUUAAAAAAACGACAAAAAAACAAGUCUGUUUGGUUUGGUUGUCCUGUAGGCGGGCCGCCGAUGGGCUGCCGGGCCCACCGGGCCCACCGGGCCCACCGGUCCGCCGGGCCGCGGUGGCGUGGGCUCUCCCCCUCCAUACUUGAGGUUGAGACUUAACGAUUCUGGGGGCAGGGAGGAGAAGUGUUUUCUCUGUGCAUAAGCCUAGCUGUUGUUUUCUUCAUUAAUUAGCAGUAAUUGCAUCAGUUUAGAGUCUGUUCUGGAGGCGAGGACUGAUUGGUGGGAGGACGAGGGCGGGGCUUGCAGAGGUACGCAGCAGAUUGCACUCUGGAACAUUAGACACCAAAAAACAGGCAGAGGAAACUACUUGACUCAUCUCUUCAAAUCUCUCCUCAUAAAUAAGGGUUGGAAGAGACGCUCACCUGUGUGCUUGUAAACUGCUGGUCCGGCCGCGGCAGGUGUAAUCCACAGUCAUGUGAUCCCACACACAGGUGCUUCUACCUCAAAGUGCACUCAGUGGUCAUCUCUGGACACGGCUGCAAUUCGGUUUGUGAUGGAGACGGAGGCUGUGGUCACGUGUUCAGGACACAGCAGACGGACGUCUCAGCGACUCCUCACAGUCAUUUGUGUCUCAUGUCUGCAGUCAGAGACACGGGACACAAAGCCCAGUGCCUUCUCUGUGGGAGGAGAUCAGUGUUGGACUGGAGUGGAUGAUGAUUCGUUGUCAUUUUCCGUUCGUUACCGGGACCGGUGUUAAUCUUGUUUUCUCCCAGAUCCCUCCUCGGGUUCCUGACAUUUCCUAUCGUGGCUCCGACAGACAGCAAAGCGAAUACUAAAGUCUGAAUUUGGGAAAUCCUUCAGCGUCGCCACAGAGCUCCAGUGCAUCCCUACAAUCUGUCAGAGUGCAAUCUGUCGCUACCUCUCAGGCAGCCGUGUGGUCCUCUGGUCCACCUGUAAACCUGUUGGAUGUGGACGGUGCUUUCAGGUUCCCCUAACAGAGACAGACCCGGUCAGACCUUAGAGUUGGAGCGUACGUUCCCCCCAGUCACCCCACAUCUCAGUCUGUGGUCGCCACGCAGCCGUUUAGAUCCACAGCUCAACACACUAACUGCUCAGCAGACUUUGGGAGGAUUAUUUAAAAAUCAAAAGAAUGUGAACUCUCUCAUAUGGUGCCACUGUGCCCACUGUACUGUCUGUGACUGAUGGAGGAUCACCAGUGUUCUAGUCAGCCUCCAGUGGCAUCAUCUUCUGUUUUGUGUUUUCUUUUGAACUUGAGGAGGCGUGUGGGCGUGCUGAAGGUGAGGUAGUCCUUUGGUUUCAGAGCAGACUAUGUUUUCUCCUACUGGCAGAUGUUUGUUGUUUUUUUUUGUACAUGUAGCACAACUGAGCAUUGCACUUGGGCGCCAUACUUUACCUCAUGUCAGAGUGCGAAAGGAGCGAGCGAUUAGAGAACUGUAUAUAUGAUGCCGUGAUGUUAAGUACUAACUUGUGGUUCAGGCUUUGCUGCUGUUUCGAUUGCUGGUGUCACACAGACUUGUGUAGAAACACAAUAAGGGGCUUUGGGAGGACGCUGAACAACACGUCCUUAAUCUGGAGAUCAAAUGUCUGGAUGUCGUGUUCAGUGACGUCCCGCCUUAAAUACGUGUUACGAGAUGAAUGAAGCCAAACUCCUACCACGAUCAACUCGUGUUAAUUCUCCGACUCCUCCAGCAGUCCUCCAAGUGAUGCCCUCCCACAGCCCUUUAUCAGGAACUUAAAGGAAAAAUCCACUCAAACCAGCCCCUGUUGGCUUCCUCAGACCAUCAUGAGCCGUGUUUGUACUCGUCUGUAACCUGCCUGCAAGCCAUGAUCACCGUGUAGACAAUGACUAUCUGAUAAUCCAGCUUCUCCGUGCAGAGGGAGAGCAGACUAGUUCUCCACUAAGGCACACAGAAGUUCUGCCUGACCCGGUUACCUGUCACUACAUUAUACUACUCAGAAAGGAAUCAUGAAUUUUUUCAAAUCAAAUUUGGCCAUAAAAUGAAUCCUGUGAAACAAGCUGUGAAAAGACCCAGAUGUAAACUCCACAGAUGGAGGUCUAACAUCUAGCAUCUUGUAGGGCUUUCCUGACUCUGGAGAUGGUGAGGACGUGACUUCAUCUGAUCUCCAUCCAGGCUUUCUGUUGUAGUUACACGUACAACCCAGUAAAGUCCUGGUUCUGCCCAGACUUGAAGCUUUUAGCCCUGAUCCCAGCCCUGCACCACCAUCUUCUGUACCUCUGACCAGACUGGCUGCAUCAGUGUGGUGGAAGUAUUGAGGUCUGAUAGGUGAAGCCUCCAUACAGCAGACGAGGCCACAGCGAGUACAAACCCCCCCAGAGCAGAGAGGCAUCAUCAGAGGAGAACUGGACCUGGUGGCAGAACCUCCAGCUUGUUUUCCCCCGUGUUGCUGGUUUCAGAUGGGUUUUUCCUUCAAGGACUGAACAAAGUUGACAGAGAAUGAACAUGUAUGUGACACACGGUGAGCGUGGGGUCGGAGGAGAACCCCUGGCAGCAGAUGUUCGUCUCACCGAGCCAGCAUGGAGCGCCGACGGUGACGCUUCACCGAGCAGCAGAACACCAGCAGAACGGAGCCGCGUGGAAUGAGUGAUGAACUGUUAUCAGUGUGGGGAAUUAUGGGCCAUCACAACCUGCAGCAAAUAUUUAAGGGACAUUGGAAUAGAAAUUGAACUUCUCACUCAUACUGUAAUACUGUGCUGCAGUGGUUUGCGGUCUGCACCUUAUGGAUCACAAAUACCUUUAAUUUUUCUCUCUGGAUUAUUUUCUUUUCUUUAUUUUUUAUAAUUGUAGCCCAGUAUAUAUAUACAAUAAAAGUAAUGGUAUGGUCAUUCA